UAGAGAGCUGCAAGAAAAAGGAAUGUAGUUUCUGGAAUCUGAUUUUAGAAAGUCUGUGAGAAUAAGGGUGGUGUUGAAGUGACCUUGCGUUCCCAGAGUUUAUGUUCAGAGGUGAUUCAAGGACCUGACGGACUGACAUUGUACCUGCUGGUUUGGAAAACUCUGAACCUCUGUGGGACCAGCUUUAAUAGAUAGUGAAAUAAAAUAGUCUAGGCAGGCAGGCAGCAGUGAAGAGCUCUUAAGAGACCUGGGGAUAGAUAAAUAAUGGGCGCAUCUGCUUCCAGAGCCUCAAGUCAGAGGGCUGAACAUGCAAACCAGAGGCUGGAGUCACUGUCCAUUUUUUGGUUGCUGUACCUGUUGGUAUUAAUAUAUGUUCACAUUGUCCCAUCUAUAGAAGGUAAGAUAUGGUAGCCAGAAGAAGACAUUUGAGGGUUUCUUUUCUGGGCAGCUUCUUACUUUAAAGAAAAAAAGUGUAGUUGAAUCUCUGCGGAGAAAGAAAUAAAACUGCUUUCAAACCUCCAUAAAGAUUCAUAGCUUGUUGUCUGCCUUGACCCUGUAGGUGCUGAGUAUUUGGUUAGAUGAAAGAAGAGUCUUAAAUAGUCUGGAAUGAGAACUAACCAGCCCCAUGGAUGAUGGAAAACCUAUUUUGCUAACUUGGAGCUGCUACCCUGAACUUUUCUGGAAUUUGGAUCUUUCAUUGAGACUCUGACCUAGAGAAGAUCCCAGUACUUGUUUACCAUUUCUCUGUUUUCUUUUCCAAUAAGAAUAAUGCCUUAACUUACAACCAAAGAAUUAAAGGUGCCCGUGGACAUAAUACAAAGAAAACACAGAAAGCUGAGAUUUGGGGUUAUGCCAUAUGUAUUGCCCAUGUCUUUGUUUCAUAGGCUUAAUUUAGAGGUAAAUAGAUGAAACUUCUUUUACUGCUCUUUAAAUAAAUGUUAUUUCACAAGUCAAAGAUUGCCUUUUAAUGUUUACAGAAGCUGGGAAUAGAGGGGAUAGCAUUAUCUGGUGAAAUAAGGAAGGUAUUUAACGUGGGUUUUCUUACAUACACUGUCUGGGAGGGGCUGGGGUAGGACGAGGGAAAGUGUGUAUGAUUUGUCUCAUCAUUUAUAAAGUGGAGAUAAUUGAAGUGUCCUUCGAAUGGCUAGGAGGAUGAAGUAAGAUAAAUUAUGAGGAAAAUGUUAGAAAACGUCUAUUGCUUUUAAGAUGUGCAAGGGGAAUAAAAAUGCCUGUGGCUGGUUCCCUUUCUUGAGCUAGCCAAGGGCUGCCAAGCGCUCUGCUGGAAUUGGGCCUCUGCAGCCACCGUCUCUAAGCUGGGUUUCCGGUCUCCUAGCAACAACAUGUGGUGACUCUCCAGGAGCCCGGGCUGAGUUGAUACCAGUCAAGAAUCUCUUAAAUUGUACACUGAAAAGCCAGAAUGGAGCUAUCAAUGCCCCCACCUCAGAUCUAUGUAGAAAAGACUCUGGCCAUUAUCAAACCAGAUAUUGUUGACAAAGAGGAGGAGAUACAAGAUAUUAUUCUCAGAUCUGGAUUCACCAUUGUUCAGAGAAGAAAACUGCGUCUCAGCCCUGAGCACUGUAGUAACUUUUAUGUGGAACAGUAUGGGAAAAUGUUUUUCCCCAAUUUAACAGCUUACAUGAGUUCUGGACCACUUGUUGCCAUGAUAUUAGCUAGAUUUAAAGCCAUCUCUUACUGGAAAGAACUCUUGGGACCAAGUAAUAGCUUAGUAGCUAAGGAGACACACCCAGACAGUCUAAGGGCAAUUUAUGGCACAGAUGAGCUAAGGAAUGCACUUCAUGGAAGUAAUGAUUUUGCUGCAGCAGAAAGAGAAAUGCGAUUCAUGUUUCCUGCAGUGAUUGUUGAGCCCAUUCCAGUUGGACAAGCUGCUAAGGACUAUUUAAAUGUGCACGUAAUGCCAACUCUGUUUAAAGGACUUUCAGAGCUUUGUAAGCAAAAACCAGCAGAUCCUUUUAUUUGGCUGGCUGAUUGGUUGCUGAAAAAUAAUCCCAACAAACCCAAACUUUGUCAUCAUCCAGUUGCAGAAGAACCUUAUUAAAAUAAAGCUCUCAAAGAACAAAUCACGAACUGUCUCACUGUAAAAGGCAUGCUUCUACUUAAGAAAGAAGUAACUCCUAAGGGUUUAAGUAACUACAUGUGACAUAAAUUAUUUCUUAAAAAUAAAUUUUAAAAGAAUAACUAUUUCAUGCAGCAGAUAACAUUAUCUAAAGUAAAAUAUUGGUUUAGGGUAUGAUUUUUUUUUAAUAAGAAAAUUGUAUUAGCAGGAUUUAGAAUGUCAACAAAGUAACUGCAACUUUUUAUUUUUACAGUUACAAAGUGGUAUUCAGUUAAGAGAACAACAGUUCAUAUAGGAUGCAACAGAGACAACUGAAGAUAAUAAGAUACCAUUUCUAUAUAUAACUGAUUUUUGCUGUGCACCAACAAGAACCUACUUUAAAUUUCUCUGCCAAUUUACAACCUCCAUAAUGUACUAGGCAAGUUUGUGCUCAUACAGAUUCCUGCCUGCUUUUUUUCUGUCACACCAUACUACCCAGUCUGCGUCUAAAAAAUCAAGACGAGAAGAUGGCAAUCAACAUAUGGCACAAUGGGGAAAUGCAUCCAUAC